AUGAUGAGCCCCGAGUUGGAAUUCCGAGUUGGAUGACCGUUCAAAUCGAUUUUUCUAUGUCGGAAACUCGAUUUUAUUCUCAGUUCCCAGUUGUUUGAACGGACUGAUGUCGGAGAUUUCCAAAUUCGCAGUUUCGAGUUCCUAGUGUUUUUCAACGCAGCUGUCGGGAAUGUCAGAUGUUGUCAUAGCUAUUUUUGAAUGUUGAUCCAUAAUUCCACAUAAGAUUGAAAGGUUAAAUUAUAAAAGAUGCCGAGGGUCCCAGCAGUCCUUGAAUAUGAAACACUGACCGAGUGUAAAUACAGCUUCCCUGUUGAGGUUGUCAGUGAUAUCAAGAAUGUUACAGCAACUUAUGGAGACCUGCGUAUGUAUGUGGACUUCUACUGUUUCCCCAAUAAGGAAAAGAGGAAGUUAGUUUAUUUGGCUGGUACUAUUCCAGUUCCACAUGACGCAGGUAACACAUAUAAUAUCCCAGUGUGCAUCUGGCUCCACGAGACUCACCCCCAGAGCCAGCCGCGGUGCUACGUGUGUCCCUCCAUCUCCAUGUUGAUCAACCCCAGGUGCCCAUAUGUGGAGGCCAGUGGGCAGGUGCUCCUCGACUGCCUCAACAACUGGAAGAGCGGGCUGGCCAACCUGUCAUUGCUCGUCUCAGAAAUGAGGUCUGCAUUUCAAAAGGAAACGCCCCUCUUUGCCAUGCACCCAAUCAGAGUUCAGAUGCUACCUACUGCAGCACACUCCAGUGCACAUGCAGAGUCUUCGGACCAUGGCAGCUGGCCUCAACCAAGCAGCUCUACCCCGAGAGCCAGGCGCUCCUCAAUGUCCCCCACGCCACUACCUAGAGAAAUAGUUCCGCCCAAGAGUUUAAAGUCCAGCCAUUCGGGGCCUCUCGGAGAAUCUACGACUGGUGUGAGGCGGUCCUACACAGAGGAGCUACUGGAUAUGGGGAUAAACUUUGGAGUGCCAGGGGGAGUUCAGUUUCCCUACUCCUCCACCAACCCCUUCAUCACUACUGCCUCUGCACCAAAUAACACUCCUGUUAGUUCUGAGGACAUGAACAACCUAUUCAAGAGCCUACAGCUGGAAAAUGUUGUCAAUGUGUACCAGCUUGGUACUAAAGAAAGAGGACAGACGCAAGGCGAUGGAGGUGAUCGAGGUGGUGGUGACUACCCCCCAAUCCCCACUGCAGUCACGCCCCUAUUGGACAACCAGCAUCGUAUCCUGGUGAGCCGGCUGCCACCGGACCAGUCCCCCAGCCGUGUGAAGAACAAGCUCACCCUCUACUUCCAGCGCAGGAGCAACGGUGGGGGAGAGGUGCUGGAUGUGACCUACCCCUACCCCCCGACCCAGCCUGACCAGGCCCUGGUCAGCUUCCGCAGUCCCAGAGAUGCAGAGCAGGUGCUCUUACAGGCAGACCGAAUCUUUACUGUGAAUGAGCGGCCUUUCCGUAUACAGCUCAAGAGGGUCAACAGUGCUCAGAUUGCGGUGCCGCCCGGCGUCUCCGGCGACAAGGCGGCCAUCUUCCAUAGCCUGCUGUCACUUGAGGGGCGGAGCUUCAGCCAGGCCGACGUGGAGGAGGCGGUGCAGUCGUGCCGGGACCUUCCCUCGGCCCUCAAGUACCUGUCCCAUGAAUGCCCCAUCUGCCGCGAGCAGGUGUCCUUCAGCAAGAUCAUCACUAUGACCCAUUGCCCAUGUGCCUUCUGCGAGAGCUGCUUCAAGGCCUACUUCUCCCAGGCCAUCAAGGAGAAGAGCAUCGUCCAUGUGGUGUGUCCACUGUGUGGCCAGCCCGACGUGCGUCAGAGCCAGGGAGGCGUGGAGGAGGCCUUGGACUACUUCAGCCUUCUGGACACACAGAUCAGGCACUACCUAGAUCCUCAGAUCCAUGAGUUGUUCCAGAGGAAGCUGAGAGACCGAGCCUUGCAGGAGAUGCCCAACUUCCGCUGGUGUGCCCACUGCUCCUUUGGCCUUCUACACGAGGCUGACCAGCUGAGAAUGGACUGUCCUAGUUGUAGGAAGAGCACCUGCUCCCAAUGCAAGACUGCAUGGGCUCCACAACACCAGGGUCUUUCCUGUGAGAAGUUCAGAAAGUGGCAACUCCACAAUAACCCAGAGUACCAGACCGCAAAACUGGAGAAUCUCCUCAGCAGGAAUAAAAUAGAAUGUCCAAAAUGCAAGUUUGUGUUCUACCUUUCCAAGGGAGGCUGUCUCCAUUUCAAAUGCACCCAAUGCCAGCACGAAUUCUGUGGCGGCUGUAAUAGGCCCUUCAAAUUAGGCGCGGGGUGUGACUUCUCAGCUGAGUGUGGGUCCAAGGGGUUACACGCCCACCACCCCAGGGACUGCCUGUACCACCUGAGGGACUGGAACGUGCCCAGACUACACAGGCUGCUUCAGCUUUACGGAGUGUCCCUCGCUGGCAUGGUCAAAUCCAAAGAGGACUCUACAGGAACAAACUCAGAAGGUGUGUGUGCAGUCCUGGAGCACAGAGAGAUGGGUGGAGACGGGCCUUGUGGUCUACCAACUCUUCCAGAGUACAGUGGCUACUGCGUCUUACACUAUAAAGAGUGUCUAGUGGAGCUGAUCAACCGGAGUCACGCGGAUCCAGCCGUUCUGUUCGAUGUGGCUGAGAUGUUGGCCGAGUUACAGCGGUGGCACAUUCCUGUUCCACAGAAGAACCUUCAGGAUUCUGAGGCACUCUAUGUACAGCACCUUAGAAAGACCCUGACUAGGAAGGUUAGCCUGAGGGACAACAAGCUAUCCCCUGUGAAGGUGAAAGAUGACCUUUGCCCCCUACCAUCAUCGAGCCCUGCGGGACCACGCCGGUCUUCUGCUCAGAGAAACACACCAAGGCGCUUCCAUGACGACUCCCAAUUGCUGCUCUUGCUCAACGACUAAGGCAAUGUAAAAUACUUGGCCUCACCUGGGCUGGGUUCCUUAGGGCACAUGAUGGCAAAUGCUUUUACAUGUUUUGCUACGGAAAAAAAUGUGUGUUAAUGGAUAAGGCCAGGUUCCUUGCGUCAGUCCGUUUUCUUCCGUUUGGUGCCUAGUGAAUACCACCCAGGGUUGUGUUAAGUAGGGAGAAAACAUUUUUAAAUGAAGUGAAACUGGGGAAGGGACUACCCGGUCUUGUCCAAUGAGAAACACACAUUUGUUUUCAGUUGCAAUUUUUUGUUGUUGCGUGUCCUAAAUAAACAUGAUCCAGGGGUAAUAUUUAACUUCAACCAUCUGUCAUAAUGGCUAUGUAACACUGGCCUAAUAAUGACAUAGAAAUAGUGCCAUAAAACAGUCCAGAGAAGGCAGGGACAAGGUAAAUUGGUCCUUUGAGGAGCUGUGUUGCACACUGCUGCUCUAGAUCUAGCUAUGCUGUGGCCAGGAUUCAAUCAAAAGUGCAUUGAGAUCACGGUAAACCCAGUGGAUGUCGCCUCGAGCGUAAAGUGCAGUGCACUUUUGAUUUGAAAUAACUACCGGAUCCGGUACAUUAAGAUUGUGUUUGUUUUCAUGUUAUUCUAAUUUAUUUGACGUUUAUUCUUAAUAAACAUGUAGCUACAAACAUAUAAACGCAACAUGCAACAAUAUCAAAGAUUCUAUUGAGUUACACUUCAUAUCAUGUAAUCAGUCAAUUUAAAUACAUUUGUUCCUGCUCGGUGAGUAUGCAGGCCAUGGAAGAACUGUGCAUUAUCAUGUUGAAAUGUGAGGUAAUGGUGGCGGAAGAAUGGCACCACAAUGAGCCUCAGGAUCUGAUCAGGGUAUAUCUGUGCGUUCAAAUUGACAUUGAUUAAAAAGCGUUCGUUGUCCACAGCAUAUGCCUGCCCGUA